GAUUGAUGUCACUUGCCGGAAGACCCGCGUCAAGUUGAGAAGGGUGUGUACUUUCAGAUUAGUUUCAUGCCUGCGUGUUUACAUUCGCAUCGGAAAUUUUUCAGUGCUGGGUCCGAUAGAAGUAUUUUAGAGUGUGUAAAAUUUAAUCAGGUGCACUUUGAUAUAUCGAAAACAAAGCUUUAAGUUACUGGGCGACACACACACCCCGCCGUCAAAAUGAUGGCCGAUGGCAAACUCAUCGAUGGAAGCUGGGAGCUUACCAUCCAUGUGACAGAUCUGGAUAUCUCCCGAACUCUGCGAGUGAUGGGCGACCUUCACAUCGGUGGAGUCAUGUUCCGUCUCGUCGAAGAGCUAGGUAUGUCCGACAUUUCAACAGGACUGGUCUGACACGCCCUCUGGUGGCCGGAGAAAAACAUGUGGCUGUCGCGUACGCGGUCGACGCUCGAUCAGUACGGCGUGCAGGCCGACGCUGUGCUGCACUUCACUCCGAUGCACAAGGUUCUGCACAUACAGCUUCCAGACCUGCAGUACGUCGACAUGCGAGUUGACUUCUCUGUGAAGGUGUUUGCGACCGUCGUGAGCAUUAGCAAGGAAUUAGGCAUCAGACAUCCAGAGGAGCUCUCCUUACUUAUACCGCCUACGGCAAAGGACAUUCGGAAAGGCAAAAAGCCGGAGAACAAGCUGCACGUACAAGACACGGGCAGGGACAGUCUAAACACAUCUGCCUCGAGUCAAGCUCAAAACAUAUCCGGCCAGCGCACCCCCACGCCCGGUACCCCGCAGGGUACCAUGAAGGCCUGCAAGAGCUCUGAACAUCUGGAGUACCAGGCAGCAGAUCCAUUAGGCUACUGGAACUACAAGUAUCCAGGAGUGCCAUACCCAUCAGGCACGUUUCGCAGCCCUGGCACACCAGCCAGUCUGCAGUUCAAUGCCAACGAUGGCGGCACACCAGGCGCUGCCGCCAACAAUCACUCGUUCGAUAACAGUCUCCUGUUAAACGGAAUCGAAGCCAAUGGACUCGCCCUGAGUCCAGUGGCACCACCUAAGGAGGGUCUGGUCAGACCACGGAACUUUGUGGAAAAGGCUAGAAUAAAUUCUGGGUGGCUUUACUCGUCUGUGUCACUGAUGGAACAAACCAUCCGGGAGAGUGACACCUUAAUGCUGCGCUACAAGUUUCUGACAUUCUAUGACCUCAAUCCCAAGUAUGACUCAAUCAGGAUUAAUCAGAUCUUUAACCAGGCAAAGUGGGCUCUACUGGGGGAGGAACUUGAGUGCACGGAAGAAGAGAUGAUGAUGUUUGCUGCCCUACAGCUUCAAGCCCAGCUGCAGGCAUUGCUUCCACAACCAGAUCUGAACGCAAGCAAGGAACCCGACGACAUCGACGCCGCUCUUAACGAACUUCAGGUGUCGCUAGAGGGCAGCACGUUGGCCGGCCGUUCCGGCGACAUCACCGCUAUACCGGAGCUGGGUGACUACCUACGAUUUAUGAAGCCGAAGAAGUUUACGUUGAAGAGCUUCAAGCCGUACUGGUUCGUCUUCAAAGACACUCACAUCUACCAGUACAGUAGCAAGGAGGAGGCUCAUGCCAUGCCCCUGAUGAAUGUAAAUUUAGUAGGUUGCGAAGUAAGUCCAGAUGUUAACAUAUCUGGACUGAAAUUUGGAAUUAAGCUGAUGAUUCCAACACCAGAGGGCAUGACUGAGGUGUGGUUACGAUGUGAAAAUGAGCACCAGUAUGCACGCUGGAUGGCUGCAUGCAGGCUCGCGUGUAAGGGCAAGACGAUGGCCGACAGCACGUACGAGUCUGAAGUGUCCUCGAUCCUCGCCUUCCUCAGCAUGCAGGCGCCCGCGCAGACGACCGCCGCCGUCAACCCGAACCAAGCCGACAUACAGCCGGAGCAUUUCGUCGCGCCACGAUUCCUGAAGAAGUACAAGACAAAGCAGAUAGCUCAGCGAGUCUUGGAGGCACAUGCGAACGUGUCAGAGUUGGCACUGCACGAAGCAAAACUGAACUACAUCAAAGCCUGGCAGGCAUUGCCUGAGUUUGGCAUUACCUACUUUACAGUCAAGUUCAGAGGCUGUAAGAAAGAAGAAUUACUGGGGAUUGGAUUAAACCGUCUGAUUCGGAUGGACAUCAACAAUGGCAACUCACUUAAGACCUGGCGCUACAACAGCAUGAAAGCAUGGAAUGUCAACUGGGAGGUUAAGGAGAUGCUCGUUCAGUUUGAGGAGGACAACGUAGCAUUCUACUGCACGUGUGCCGACUGCAAGGUUGUGCACGAGUACAUAGGUGGCUACAUCUUCUGCUCCAUGCGUUCCAAGGACUCCAAUCAGUCUCUUAACGAGGAGAUGUUUCACAAGCUGACUGGCGGCUGGGCAUAGAGUGUAGCAUACCGGGUGUUGUUACGUUCGUUUGUGCCGCCACUGACAACGCCUGCUCGUUUCCGAAAUCAGUUGACGUAUAUUUUUGUUAGAUGAUUUUUCGGGGAUGCGAAUUAUUCUCGUUUUUUUAGUGUCAGUUGUUGCGCGUGCAUCCUACUGCAGUGUUUGUUGGUGAUUGCCUGAUCCCAGCUGCUGUUGAAUAAUGAUAUUAUAUUUCCUACUCUUGAUUUUUACUCCCUACUACAGCAUUGAUGAGUGCCGGUUCGUAUAGCUUGAUGAUCAACGUGCUUGCCUGCACUUGUAUGUAGGUAAAGCCACACGAUAUUAUGCAGAUAUCGUUGCUUUUCUGAACUCAUCAUUCAUAUGUGUGAGAAUUUUGUACGCAGUACGUUGUACGUGCUAGUGUUCCUCCGCUUUACAUGGAAAAUGCCAGGCUCCGGACCAUGUAUUGGCAAUCGGUUUCUAAUACAGCUCUCCACUUACCUAUUAUCAAGAGCCCAUAGACUAAUUCAUGGAUCUAUGUUCUAGCUAUUUUCAAGCAACAGUGGGCAUUAGCUGGUGGGAAACGAUGGAGACCUUGGGACUUAAUGAUAUGUAAAAGAUUUGCAGAACUGCAUUGAUUGUGGAGGGAAGAAAGGCGAUUUGCUAUUAGCAUGUUUUAAAAAUAAUUUCUGUUGGAGUUUCUAUCCCUGUUGUAAAGUGCACAUAUUUACAGAGUUGUAUUGUAUUUGGACGUAUGAAUGUCAACUGGCCAGUAGAAUAAUCGUUCUAUAUUGUUAGCAUCUUAUAUCAGAUGGUGGUGUACCAUGUUCUAAUUAUGGAUGGUUUUCUUGAAUCUCAAUUCAUGAUUCUCGAUUUCUUGAUAAUUGUUCUGGAAGGUUGUAUAUACCCUUUGUAAAGUGUUCAUCUUUACAGAAUCAUGUGGUUUUUAGAGGCAAAAGAGGCUUUUGUCGUUAUAAUAUUUUCCCUAUAAUUUAUAUACUAGAUAAAGGCAUACUUUAUUCAGAUGGGGGGCAGUUGUCCUGAAUUGCAAUUUACAGAUUUCUAGAAAAUAUUCUGGGCAAUUGUGUUGCUUUGGGUAUAACCAAUUUUAUAAUUUUUAUGUUCGUUUUUUACAUCAUAGUGGAAUCAUCAGCUGCUCCGGUGGGAGGCUGUUAGUCCAUUUAAUAUAAUCGUUUUAUUUUGUGGUAAAAUUAAUCAGCACUUGUUACGUAUCACAGUAUUUAUCCGUGAAAGAUGAUUAAAGAUUGUGUGUACAUUUAGAGAUGAUAGAAUUCUGAGGACUCUGCGUUUGUGUAUGUUUAGUAAGAAAUUUGGUGACUCCACACCUGUUUUUGUGUACAUUCAGAGGGCGUAAUAAAUGACCAAGUAUAUCUUGUCUAUGUGUAGUUUAGCAGACAUUGUAUGACACCACGUAUAAUUAUGUACAUCUGUGUGUAUGUACGUUGUUGCCUUUAGCUGCUGCAGUGGGAUCGACGUAUUUAUAUAGCUGCAUUUAAAGAAUGCAGGCGUAUAUGUUUGCACGCAGUAAAUUCUGGUGGGCGAAGUUAAUGAAACGUGCAUCAUCACUAAAUUAAUCGCUCAGUUAUUUCUUUGUUUGGACAAUGGGAUUCUGAGCGCAUCUGGCUGUUUCUAUACAUAGUCAUUUAAUUUUUAAUAAUGUAGUACAGUGGUUAUUAAAUGAUUAGUGUAUCUUAUUUGCUUGUGCCCGUACAUUGUGACUCCCCCCCCCUCCCGAUUUGUGGAGCUAACUUAUUGUAGCGGCGGGAAACUAGCAGUUCUGAUUGUACCAUUCUAUCAUUACGUGCGUUUUCCUCAAUUAUAGAGCGUGCCUAGUAUAUCUCAUGUAUCGUUACAGCUCAUUGGGUUUCUAGCUCGAUAUCUCUCCCCUUGCAUGUGCUGUCCCUGUGCUGCGUGGUUAAAGACGUUUUCAUAUUAUUCGCGUCACCGAAUUUCUCGCGUGUGUGCCUCACAUAUUUAACAUUUUUAUGUUAUGUGUUUUUGGGGGAGGUUUAUUACAUCUCGUGUCUCGCGUACGUUUUACUGGGAAGGCAAAAGAAAUCUUCCAGUUUUUAUUAAAGAGGUGGGCUAGUAUUGUAGCCAUUUAUAUAUAUAAAGUAUAUGAUUCCGUAUUAUAUUCUGUACAGUAUGAUUAAUUUGCGUAUGUAGUAUGAGUAUGUAGUAUAUUAUGAAGGUGUGGAAGUUAUCGGUAUGUGGUUUUGAACGUAAGUGCCUUCUCUAAUAUGCAGGUAUUCAUUAUAUAUUGAGCUGGUGGAGUCUUAGCGAUCUCCUUAUCUACUGUACCCGCCAAAUAAGAAUGACUAGUGGUGUUGAUGAUGACGAUGAUGAUGAUGACGACGACGAUGAUGACGACGACGAUGAUGACGACGAUGACGACGAUGAUAUUGGUGAUUUGAACAGGAAGCCUUCGUCUUCACUAACUCCUUGUAUGACAUUUAGUUUAGAGCUAGCUAUUAUUGGUAUACUAGAAACAGUUGUGCGGAUCGCGUUAUGGAAAACUUAUGCUUAAUGAUUAUUGAUACCGUACGUAAUGCACAACGUUAUAUGCUUAUCAUGUGUCAUCCACGACGAUGACGAUGGCGACAGUGAUAAUUCUGUGCAGUGAGUUCUGCGUGCUAGUUUAUUGAAGUUGAUGGUAGCUUUAGAGCCUGCGUGUAUAAAUAUCCGAAUCUUCAUCAAAAUUUACCACCUUCCCUUUCUUUGCAAACUUAUAAUUACCUGCUAUGUGUAAUGUUACUGGUAAUGUAACGUGCAUUGCUGAUCGUUUGCAUGCGACUGUGUGCCAAAGUUACAUUAGGUAUGAUACCUGUAGAUGUAGCAAAGCUCGUAUAUUAGAAGGAAAGAAAUAAUUCCCUCUCUAUUGUUAUCCUUCGCGUCGAUAUUCUAGGCUCCCUUCAUUCCAUCUAUAUUACUGUAUCAAAUUUUCCUGUGUUCACACCGCCACCCGGGUUUACAGUGCUAGAAGUUUGUUGUAAAGAAGACCCGGUCCCAUGUUAAUAAAUAGGUCCUAGUUAUACUUCUUCACGCUUCGAAAUCGUGUGAAGUGGUGUAUUUCAGAAUUCUACUCCAUCCCAUGUUAUGCCUGCUGUAGCUAGUGCACGCGCAGCUGCGUCAACCGCCGUAAGUAUACGUGCGCCAACCAUAAGUUGUCGAGGAGGGCCGCGUAUCUUGCUUUGUAGCUCUACCAAUGUAGCCCCUUCGCUCUCGUUACAGGAAUGCUCCUGUAGCGGCAGCGAAGGAUUUACACUGGUAGAGCUACUUGCUUGGGAUCUUUACAGUGUCGAUUGUACUAUGGUGCUCUGACAUUUAUGAUGUGAGUCCGCAGUUUGGAAGUGUGAAUAGGUGAUUCCCUCUAAAUAAUAAUAAUGCGAAAUUUAAAUCAUAAAUCGAAACUUAACACGUGUAACACGAGCACAUCAACUGUCACUAGUUUUAUUUCACUAUAUGUAACUAAUCUUACUCUAACGGUACCAGUCUAUGCAAAUAUCAUUUCAUUAUCGGUUUUUAAAGAUGUUUUAUUGUUGCAUACUCUUUGUAUUCGUACUUGAAGCUCCUGGUCCGUCUAUUUUUUGGGAGCGGACAUCGGAAAUCGCACGAUUCUCUACGUCAACACGGCCAAGUUUGACCAAUAUUGGACCGAUUUGCCCACUUGCUGGUUAAGAAAUCUCAUCCAUAUUGUAGUAUUAUAGCCAGUGCAUACGCGUGAGCUAGGUGGGGAUGCCAAUCUCGUUAGAGCUUGUAGAUGAAAGCGUGCUGUUUGUAUUUAUCGCGAUGAUUGGAAAUAAAUUACUGACAUUUGAUUACUGAUAUCACUUC